AGACGAGGAGGAGGAGCCGACGAAGCAGGCUUCUGUGAGCCCGCCUGUAUCCUAGACUACCCGGCGCGAGUCUCUCCCUUCAGAGCUGCCCUCUUCCUCCUCGCGUGCUAGAAUGCCGCGGGGGCGAAAACGACCUCAGCCUGGCAGGGACUCUCGAGGGCAGCCGGUCUUAAGUAGAUUUUUUCAGCCGGUUGGACCCCUGAAGUCAAGCGCUUAUGCUUCGGCGCUCGUCUCCGUCCGCGGCGCGGAGGAACGGCAGGAGGGCUCGGUGGCGGCGGCGGCUCCCGCGCUGGCUCGGCCUGCGGCUCAAGAACCUAAUGGAAAAAAGAGGAAAGUUGGAAAGAAGCAAGAACAUGCUGACAGAUUUUCAAAAUCUCUGGAGAGCACAAGAAAGGAAGAUGGCAGUACCAUGACUGUGCUGGAAACUGAACCCAAGAAAUGUGGCCCCCUUCAAAUAUGUCCAAAGACUUUGGAAAAAUUGAGAGAAUUUUCUAGCAAUUUGGAAUAUCCAAGUAACAGAACUCAUCCAUCAGUAGAUUUGAAAGAAAGCCGUCAGCAUGUGAUUAGAAACAAUGAAACUCAGAACACUAUUAAGGAAGAAAUUUGUCCUAGUAUAAGCCAAUCAUUUGACUCAAAUUCAUGUGAAAACACCCAAAAUAUUUCUGAUACGGCUUUCAAAAAAACAACAAAACCUGUAUAUACACCACUUGAGCUCCAGUUCCUUGAAAUGAAAAAGCAGUAUAAGGAUGCUAUUUUGUGUGUUGAAUGUGGUUAUAAGUACAGAUUUUUUGGAGAAGACGCAGAGAUUGCUGCAAAGGAACUGAACAUCUACUGUCAUAAAAAUCACAACUUUAUGACUGCGAGCAUACCAACUCACAGACUAUUUGUUCAUGUUCGGCGUCUUGUAGCAAAGGGAUACAAGGUUGGAGUUGUAAAACAAAUGGAAACAGCUGCUUUGAAGGCUGCUGGAGAGAACAGAAGCUCAGUCUUUGCCCGAAAACUAACUGCAUUGUAUACAAAAUCUACAAUUCUAGGAGAAGAUGUGAAUCCUCUGCUGAAGCUCGAUGAUUCAGUGGAUGCUGAAGAAAUACAAUCUGACAUGUGUGAUAAUUAUCUCCUCUGCAUCUCUGAAAGCAAUGAAAAGUUGAAAGAUAAAUCUCAGGAUAUUGUCAUAGGCAUAGUGGCUGUCCAGCCUACUACAGGGGAAGUUAUCGUUGGUAGUUUUCAGGAUUAUGUAACUCGUUUAGAGUUGGAAAGUCUAAUUUUACGCCUUCAGCCAGUUGAAAUUAUUCUUCCCCAGACUGUAUCGGAUCAAACUGAAAAGCUUAUCAGUGCAGUAACGUCCUUGAGGCUUCUCGAUGACAGAAUUCGAAUAGAAAAGUUGGAAAACAAGCAUUUUGAGAACAGCAAUGCUUUCCAGCUGAUCACAGAUUUCUAUGGCAGCCAUCUCCUUGACAGUAUAGGUUCCCAAGCUUUGUCAAUGGUUUUAAAUUUGGAUAAGUCUGUGUUAUGCUCCCUGGCUGCUGUAAUUGUGUAUCUCAAAGCAUUUAAUUUAGAAAAAAUACUCUACAAUCCUAGUAGUUUUAAGAAGUUGUCAAAUAAUGCUGAAUAUAUGACACUUAAUGGAACGUCACUGAAGAAUCUUGAAAUCUUACAGAAUCAAACUGAUAUGAAAACAAAAGGCAGCCUAUUCUGGGUCUUGGAUCGUACGAGAACUUCAUUUGGGCGACGAAGACUAAAGAAAUGGGUGGCACAACCCCUCUUGAAAUCCAGUGAGAUCAAUGCUAGACUUGAUGCAGUGUCUGAGGUGCUCCUGUCAGAAUCAAGUGUACUUGGUCAAAUCAAGUCUCUCCUGUAUAAGAUGCCAGAUGUUGAGAGAGGAAUUUGCAGUAUUUAUCAUAAAAAGUGUUCCACUCAAGAAUUCUAUCUAGUAAUCAACACUUUAUCUCAUUUGGAAAUGGCAAUCACAGUGCUGGUUCCAGCUAUACGAACUGAGGUGCAAGCAAUGUUGUUGCAAAAGUGUCUCUUAGAAAUUCCUGAAUUGCUUCAUAUAACGAAAAAGUACUUAAACAUUCUUAAUGAAGAAGCAGCAAAGACUGGAGACAAAACACAACUGUUCAAAGAUCUUGAUGAUUUUCCUUUAAUAAAGAUGCGGAAGGAUGAGAUAAAUGCAGUACUUUGUCAGAUCCAGACACACCUUCAGGAUGUAAGAAGAAUGCUAAAUUGCCCCUCUGUGAAUUAUGUAACAGUAUCUGGACAAGAGUUUCAGAUUGAAGUUAAGAACUCACUCCUGUUUUCUGUACCAGCUAAUUGGAUUAAAGUCAGUAGCACAAAAGCUGUCAGCCGUUUCCAUACUCCUUUUAUUGUAGAAAAUUACAGACAUCUGAAUCAGCUACGUGAGCAGCUAGUCCUUGACUGCAAUGCAGAAUGGCUACGCUUUUUAGAUAAUUUUAGAGACGAUUAUCACUCAAUCACUAGAGCUGUGGGUCACCUAGCAACUGUGGACUGUGUUUUUUCCUUGGCUGAGGUUGCCAAACAAGGAGGCUAUUGCAGACCCGUUGUAAAAGAUGGGAAGUCAGAGAUAACGAUAAAAAAUGGUAAACAUCCUGUGAUAGACGCGUUACUGGGAGAACAAGAGCAAUAUGUUCCAAAUGACACAAACUUAGUAGAAGACGAUCAAAGGGUAAUGAUAAUUACUGGGCCUAAUAUGGGUGGAAAGAGCUCUUACAUAAAGCAGGUUGCAUUGAUAACAAUCAUGGCACAGAUUGGUUCCUAUGUGCCAGCUGAAGAAGCAAGAGUUGGAAUUGUGGAUGGCAUAUUCACCAGAAUGGGUGCCACGGAUAACUUAUUUAAAGGUCACAGCACCUUUAUGGAAGAACUAACAGAUACAGCUGAGAUCAUUAGAAAAGCAACUUCACAUUCACUGGUAAUUUUAGAUGAACUAGGGAGAGGAACCAGCACACAUGAUGGGAUUGCAAUUGCCUAUGCUACUCUAGAAUAUUUUAUUAGAGAUGUAGGUUCAUUAACACUGUUUGUCACCCAUUAUCCUCCAUUGUGUGAAUUAGAAAGGGCCUACCCAAGACAAGUUGGGAACUACCACAUGACAUUUUUGGUGAAUGAAGAUGAUUCUGAACAGGAAAAGGGUUCUAAAGAUGAAGAAAAUCCUGAAUUUAUCACUUUCCUUUACCAAAUUAAGAAGGAAGUUGCUGCAAGGAGUUAUGGACUAAAUGUUGCAAAACUAGCAGCUGUCCCUGAAGAAGUUCUUAAAAAAGCAGCUCACAAAUCAAAAGAGCUGGAGAGAUUUGUGAAUAUGAAAAGAAAAAGACUGAGGACCUUUACUAAACUAUGGAAUACCAAUAGUGCUGAAGAACUGCAAAGAUGGAAAAAUGUGUGUGAAACAGAUGACGAUCUGGGCCAAUUUUAAACAUUCCUCAAAGCUUGCCAUUUGAAAUUGGAAAUAACAGGAUAUUUAAAAAUAAGCUAUAAAGCAAAGAGAUAUAGUCACAUGAGGUGAAUUUCCAGAUCUCUUCUAGGACAUGUGGAGGAUUUUAAGUGCUUAAUGGCUGGUUUGUAGAGCCAUGUGAACUCCCACUUGAGACAAAUAACUGUUGAGGGGAUGGUUUAGGACAAUAUGUGUUUCCCCAUUACUGUCAGCCGAGCUUGGUUUGAGAGGUACCUGUAGCUGCUGUUAACUUUAAAACAAAUGAAAAACCAUGAAAAUUUAUUGUCCUGUCAUUGGCCAUAUUUUCUGUUUUGGCUUCAUGUAAACUAAUAUUACUGUAAAUGGAAAUCAUUGGAUCUUACCCACAGUGCCUUGUCAUGAUCAAGGACAAUCAUGAGCUGAAAAGUUAAUAACAAAUAAAGAUUGUGUGAAUAGACUGUAAUAUUGUUUUAAUGCAAUAGACAUUUCAGAGUCAGCCAGUAUUUAGUUUUAUAAAUUGCUUCCUAAUGUGUGGUAGGUUUGUUGAUUGAAAAGAAAAUCAUUUUAUUACAUUCUCUUGUGUGAUGUUUCUUAUAGGAAAGCUUGAAGAAUGUCCUUUCUACAUUGUACUUUAUUUAAAAUAAAUAUAUGGAAAAGGGUUUUGCUUUGAUGUUAAAGGUAAUUACUGAUGAAAAAAAUGUAAAACCAUAUUUUUAAAUUAAAGAAUGAAUUCUUGUAUUUAAAAAAAUAAUGUUUGUAAAAUCUAGGACAUUUGAUUUCUAAAAUGAUUACCACGACAGA